UUGUGGAGUUCUGGUUUCUGCACGGUAGACGUGCUGUGUGACGUGGCACGGGGGGCGGAAGAGCUUGUUUGUGUUUUGGUUCUGAGGGGAAGUUGCGAGAAGAAAGAAAGGAGGAGACGUGACGGGAUUGUUGAAAUAAUUUUCGUGGUUCCCCAACACAAGCUCAUUUUAUUGUCCCGGAUUUCGUGUGUAAAUACUACAGCGGCGGCAUUUAAAGUCCAAAACAUCAUCUGGCUCUCAGAAGUCCUGAUAGUGAGGUUUGACACACAGGACACCGGAAAAUCUGACUAGGUCAUGGCCAAUCGGGGAGGUGCUACGAGACCCAAUGGACCCACUGCAGGCAACAAGAUCUGUCAGUUUAAACUGGUGCUGUUGGGGGAGUCAGCUGUUGGGAAGUCGAGCUUAGUGCUCCGCUUUGUCAAGGGCCAGUUCCAUGAAUUCCAGGAGAGCACAAUUGGAGCUGCCUUUCUCACCCAGACAGUAUGUUUAGAUGACACAACAGUGAAGUUUGAAAUCUGGGACACUGCAGGACAGGAGCGUUACCACAGUUUGGCACCUAUGUAUUACAGAGGAGCACAGGCUGCCAUUGUGGUGUAUGACAUCACAAACGAGGAGUCCUUUGCACGAGCAAAAAACUGGGUGAAGGAACUGCAAAGACAAGCUAGUCCUAAUAUAGUCAUUGCUCUGUCAGGCAACAAAGCUGACCUAGCCAACAAGAGAGCUGUCGACUUCCAGGAUGCUCAGGCCUACGCCGAUGACAACAGCUUACUUUUCAUGGAGACAUCGGCCAAGACAUCUAUGAAUGUGAAUGAGAUAUUUAUGGCUAUUGCGAAAAGAUUGCCAAAGAGUGAGCCCCAGGCUGCAGGAGCCAACAGUGGGCGAAGCCAGGGCGUGAACCUGACAGAAGCCCAGCCAGCCAAGGCUCAAUGCUGCAGUAACUAACAUGAAGAACACCUUCCCCCCCCAAGACCAACCUUUAUAGCAGUAACUAAUGUGGCCAGUGCCCCAGAUGCCACUGCAGUUACUAAUGCAAUGUGUUGUACUCCUCUCUCCAUUUCCCCGAUCUGCAAAACAAGAAAAAAAUGCCCUGACCCCCUCUUCUUUUUGCAGUAGCGAAGUCAAUGCCAUUACACUGAUCUGUUCAUGUGGUUCUGCCUCCUUUCCACCACUGCUUCUGCUGGCCCCUUGGUUGUUAUACCUAUCAAUUAUUAUUGAUGGAGUAAUGAUAGCAGAUCUUGGAGACAUUCAUACACCCUGCCUUCCAGCACCUUCCUCCCAAUGUGUAGAUAAGUGUUUCAUUUAGAGGAAGUGUUUACUUCCCUUUUCUGGAUUAGCUUCAAACAUUACUACUGCAUUUCUAAUUCAGUUUUUUGUUUUUCCUGAUUAAUUUCUUAAAAACCGUUUGUGGAUGCACGUCUGUUUACUAAAACAAAAAAACUAUGUUCAUCCUUUUCUCUACAGUAGCAGGGAAGAAAAAAAUGUCAUAGAGGAGAGUAUUCCCAUGAAUCUGAGAUAGAGGAAAGGUAGACGGUGGAGAGAGAAAGAAAGGAACCUCCAUGCCUUUUAUCUUCGGGGCCCUUCUAUCCGAGCGUUUAAAACAUUCUCUAAUUCUUUCCCACUGCAGUCCACAUGCUUGUCCCCAGUAAACCCAAAGUAGCACUAGUGUAAAUUCUCUUCUAGCACCCUAAGGCUUCGUUCUGGGGCUAUGCCUGCUUCUAGCUGUUUCCUAGUGGCAUUGUGCAAUGUUUCACAGUAUUUACUCUGUGACUUGAGUGUCUGCAAGGACCAGUGCAGUACAACAACAACCCCCCAUGCUCAACUCAGCAGUGUCACAGCCUCACCAUCUCCUGAUGCAGUGCCCUUUCAUAAGUCUUGUGUAGUCUUGUGGUUGUACUGGGGUCUCUAUGGUCUCUGCCUUUGAAUCAUUUAGUUUAUACAGAUCACUUUUUCACUUGUAUACAAUGUUGCUAAUCCACUGCUGGGUUUGUACCUGGUUAAAAAAAAAAAGUGAAGGUGAUGGUAGUGAGUGGGAAGUGGCAAUAUGUAAGGUUUCUUCAUAAUCACAUUUGAAUCAUAAUUAUUUGUCAUCUUCUCUGAAUUAGGAUGUGUUGUAGACACGGUGGUCUGUCACUGUGAGGAAGCUGGGCCUGGGCCUGCUACCCGCUGACAGACAGACAUUCAUAGACUCACUCAUACAUGCCAAUUUACAUGUGUGCGUGUUUGAUCACACAUUUGCACACAGACAUGCAUUGCAUCAACUUCGUUUCUCUAAACUCUGCUACACCACUCCCUCACUUAUGUUGAGCGCCCCACACACAAUAAACAUUGUUACACACAGACACACAAGCACAUUUCCAUACAGUACAUUUGGUCACUAACUUUCUACAAGUUCGUCUUACUCAUGCCUUGCACUAAUGAUGCCCUUGAAUAUAUCUUGUCAUAAUUAUGACCAGUGUGAUAUAAAUAUAUA